AUGGACGAAAAGACAACCGACAAUACCAACCAAGGCCUUCCCGCCUACGUGACGCAUGCUGAGCUCGCCGAAGCUUUGCACCACCAGCACAAACGCCAGAAACGCAGACGCGCCGGGAUAUUCCUCAAGAUCGUCGGCUUGAUUGCCUUGGUGCACUGGGUCGGCCACAAGUACGGGUCCACACACCACACAGGACAAUAUUCCCGUUCUUUUGAUGACCCGGAAGACAAAUGGCCUAUUCCGCCUGAGACCCAAGUCGAAAAAUGCGCAACAUGGAGCGAGUCUACACCUGAGGCAUUCUCAGUUAUCGAUGCCCAUUAUCCACACUCAGCCUCAGCAUCAUUCAAUCUCCCCGUCGAAUCUGCGGCCCUCUUUCUUGCCACGCGAAGCAUCAUCCAUCGGCACGGCAAGCACCAUGGGCUUUUUGCUGCAGGCGCGAUCGACUACGUCCAAGGGACUGAUAGUGGCGAUAAUGUCAAUGUGGCUGUAACAGCGCAAUACUGGCAUACCGCACAUCUCGAGGCAGCAAAGGUGUGUUUGUUGUCCAAGACGGAUGGAAAUAAACAGAACGGUGUUGGCAUCCUUACCAAAUGGGAAGACGAAGACUGGGAAGAUGACCAUGACCACCACCAUGGCUCCACAGAGCUCCGUUUCCAAAUUACCGUUACUUUCCCUGCUGCCAAGGAUGGCAAGGUGCUGGACAUCGAGAAGUUCGAGACCGACUUGGAGGUAUACUCGCAAACCUUCGCUGGAAGCAUGAAAGAAGUGCACUUUAAAGCAUUGGAGCUCAAGUCCGCUUUAGCGGGAAUAACUGCUAAGGAACUGACCGCCGAUGUUGCGACAUUACGUACAUCACUUGCAGCGAUCGACAUCGAGACCCUCAAAUCCAACAAUGCUACGCUGACUACAGCCCUGGGUCGCAUUGAGGGUACAUACAAUGUCACCGAUUCGCUUAGCCUUACCACCUCAAACGCCCCCAUCAACGUGGACAUCAACCUCGUCACCGAUGGUAGUAACGAACGACCUGGCAACAUCAAGCUGGUCACUACUAACGCUGCUAUUGAAGCCAACAUCAGCUUAGCCUCAUCUUCCGAGAGCUCUCCCGGCAGCUUCGAUGUCAGCGCACACACAGCCCAUGGGCAGGUCGAGUUGCCCAUUCUCGCACUCCCUAUCGAUGCCGAACUCAACCUUGAGGCCACUACCGCUCUUGCAAAGGUGUUUGUCGGGCUUCCGGAAACCUAUGAGGGCAGUAUUGAAGCUACGACGUCGCUAGCAAAUGUCGAUAUCAAGAUUGACAGUGGAGCCAAAGACCCCAAGGGCGAGGACCGAAAGCGUGUUGGUGGUGUGGAGAGGGUGCGCAGGGGCGUCGUUAAUGCUAAGGUAGGAUGGUCUCGAGAAGGGACGGGGAGAGGGAAGGUUCAGGCAAGGUCCAGCCUUGGUGGGAUUUUGGUCGAAGUGUAA